AUGAAUUAAGCAUAAGUAGCUUUUGAAAAAAAAGACGUUGAUUUAUCUAAGAAAGCACAUACAAAUGAAGAAUAAUAAUAAUUAAAGGAGGAUCAUGAAGAAAAACAUUAGAGUGGAGGAGAACAUAUUAAAAGUGCGGUUUAUGGAGGUUUAGAUGGGAUGGUCACAACAUUUUCAGUUGUUGCUGGAGUGGCAGGAGCUGGAUUAUCUACAGGGGUAGUACUAGGAAUGGGAAUUGCUAAUUUGAUUGGUGACGGAAUAUCAAUGGCCUUGGGAGAUUACAUAUCUACAAGGAGUGAAGCUGAGUUCACAAUAAAUGAAAGAAAUAGAGAAUAAUGGGAAGUUGAAACCAAUCCUGAAGGCGAGAAAAAAGAAAUGGUUGAAAUCUACAAAUCCAAAGGUAUAGAUCAUGACGAAGCUGUAAUUAUUGCAGAAACUUUAGCAAAAAAUAAAAAAGUUUGGGUUGACGUCAUGAUGGUUGAAGAACUUGGAUUAAUGAGUAUAGACGAGCAUCCUAUUAAAGAUGCCAUAGUCACAUUCUUUUCGUUUGGAUUAUUCGGAUUGAUGCCAUUAUUACCAUUUAUUGUUGGAAGUAUUGCUGGAUUGUCAGAUAAUUUAUUUGAAACAUCAAUUGCAUUAACAGGUUUCUUCUUAUUUAUACUUGGUGUUUCUAAAUCAUUUUUUUCCUAUCAAAAAUGGUAUUGGGCUGGAUUAGAAACUUUAAUCAUCGGAAGUGCAGCAGCUAGUGCAAGUUAUAUAAUUGGUUUAGCAUUUGAAGGGGUUGAUGUUUGACAUUAAUAAUUUUAUAUUUCGAUAUAUUGAUUAAUUAUUAACU